ACCCUUAUCCUCACUCCUCCUCCUCGUCCAUUCAUUCACCUCUUCCUGUCUCUUCCUUUAGGUUUUCUUAAAAGGGUUUAAGGAUUUUUCAAGAAAAAGUCCUUCCACAGUCUCAAAAUUUGAUCUUUGCAUCCACAUACAUCUCUCUUGAGUCUUGAAUAAAAAGGGGUUCAUAUUAUAUCUUGAAGUCAAGAUGAAGAUUCAGUGUGAUGUGUGUGAGAAAGCUCCUGCAACACUGAUUUGUUGUGCAGACGAGGCUGCACUCUGUGCAAAAUGUGACGUAGAAGUUCAUGCAGCUAACAAAUUGGCAAGCAAGCACCAAAGGCUGCUCCUUCAGUGCUUUUCCAACAAGCUUCCUCCUUGUGAUAUAUGCCAAGAGAAGACUGCUUUCAUUUUCUGUGUUGAAGACAGAGCCCUCUUCUGUAAGGACUGUGAUGAACCGAUCCAUUCAGCUGGUAGCCUUUCGGCAAACCAUCAGAGGUUCCUGGCCACUGGAAUCCGAGUAGGUUUGAGCUCUAGUUGCACCAAGGAUACUGAAAGAAGUAAAUUCGAUCCACCUGAUCAGAGUACACAACAAACUUCUGUCGAAUUGCCUGCAUUGCAACCAUCAAGUGUGUCAUCUCCAUGGGCUGUGGAUGAUCUACUACAAUUUUCAGACUUUGCAUCCUUUGAAAAGAAAGAGCAACUCGAGUUUGGAGAGCUUGAAUGGCUAGCCGACACGAGACUUUUCUGUGACCAACUUCCUCAUGAGGCGCUAGCAGCGGCUGAAGUUCCUCAACUUCCUAUUUCCCAGCCCAGCAAUGUUCCCUCUUACAGAGCGAUGAAAUCCAGCAUGCUGCACAAGAAGCCUAGAAUCGAAAUCCCAGAAGACAGCGAUGAGUAUUUCACUGUCCCAGAUCUUGGCUAAACAUACACAAACAGUCUCCACGCUGCGAGUCAAUAAAUUGAUGAUCAACAUAUAUACCCUCAUAAGUACAUGUACAUAUGCAUAUACUGGAUAUACUAAUGCAUUUGAUGUGUUGAAAGCUUAUAAUACAUUUUAGGAGGGACAAUGUUCUCUUAGCUUAGCAGAAAGCAUUAGCUGGUUGAUUCAGCUUCCUCUAUUCUGAUCCAUGAAUAUGUAUUUUGGUUCUUCUUUUAUUUCUUCUUUUGCUGAAAUUUCAAAUACAUGACCCCAUAAGACGGUGAGGGGUAUACUAUUCACACUA